AUGAGUGCAGCAUACAGCCUGUUGCUCUCAGUAGCUUUGAUGAGCUUGCUAUUGACUGGCACAUUUGGAGCUGAUAUCAUCAAUGGCAAAAAAGCCGAGAAAAACUCCAUGCUGUACAUGGCAUCAGUGCAGAUUGAUGGAACGCACACAUGUGGAGGAUUCCUGAUCCACCAAAGCUACGUGCUCACGGCCGCACAUUGCGAUAAAAGUGGCAACAUGACUGUGAUCCUGGGCACCCACAACAUCAGUCCAAAAGGAACAAAUCUGAAAAGAUAUACAGUGCAAAAUAAACAUAAGCACCCAUCCUUCAAAGACGCCAAAACUGGGAAUGAUAUCAUGCUUCUGAAGCUGAGCAAGAAACUGAAAAAUGGCAAAGGUGUGAAAACCAUCAAAAUCCAGAGAGAAGAAAAACCACUGAAACCAAAGACCAAGUGCAAGGUUGCAGGAUGGGGUAAAACUGAACAGAAAAAUAUGGUGAACGAUCUUCUGGCCACAGACGUGUUGAUUAUCAACUCCACCAUCUGCCAGACAAUGUGGAAAAAAGUGCGACAGAAACUCCCCAACAAUGUCCUUUGUGCUGGGGGUUUCGAGACCAAAAGUGGUGCUUGCCAGGGUGAUUCGGGUGGUCCGCUGGUGUGCAGUGGGACAGCAGUGGGGAUUGUCUCUUUCAAUCUGGCACAAAACUGUGACUACCCAAACGUUCCCAAUGUUUACACUGAAAUUUCUAAAUACAAAAAGUGGAUCAAUGACGUGAUCAGAGGAGGUGCCUGAUGCUAUGAAAAUGCAUUUGAAUGCAAUCGUGCAGCCAAAGUCAGCUGUUAUGGUGCCAUGUGUAUGCUAGUUGUCAAAAUGUGUCAAUAAAAGAACAACAAAAACUCUAA